AUGUCUCUGAACGAAGUCUGGGAGGCAGCCUCCGCAUCUCCAUUCCAACCUCUUGUGCCCAAGGAUAGCCAAUUCUUUGUCGGCUUCUGUCUACUUCUGCUCGCGGUCAUUUUUACUGGUCUUUUCGGUCUGAACCGUUCAUUCCUGAGCCUCACCUCCGUGGGUCUGCCGGCUUCAUUACUAUUCGGUUUUGGAUCUGUCUUCAUGAUCUGCGCUGUCGGAGUCUAUGUUUAA